AUGAGGAUUUUUACCGUGCUUAUGUUUGUGCUCCUUCAUUCCGUUGUGUUGCAAGCUCAAGUGAGCUUAGUUACACCUCCCGUUCCCAGCCAUGACCCUUCCACGGCGUUAGUACCACCAUCUCCACCUCCAGCUGUGGCUACCCUACCUCCGCCUCCAGAUGUCCUUCCACAACCUCCAUCACCCCCACCAGAUGUUCUUCCACAACCGCCAACACCACCACCAAGUCCUAAUGUAGCUGAUGUUUCUCUUUGUGCCAUCCAAUGUAGCGCUGAUUGUGCCUCCAUCUUUGAUGCAUCACAAACCUAUAGCAGGUUCUUUUGGCGUCGCAGAGGAACUCGCCCGACUCCUAGAAACCCCCCAACUCCUAGAACCCCCCCAACUCCAGUUACUCCACCAGCUCCGGUUACUCCCCCAACUCCGGUUACUCCACCAGCUCCGGUUACUCCCCCAACUCCGGUUACUCCACCAGCUCCGGUUACUCCCCCAACUCCUACAACUCCUGGUACUCCCCCUCCUCCAGCUCCUGAAGCUCCUACACCGCCUGGUACUCCACCUCCCCCAACUCCGCAAGCUCCUACGCCUCCUGGUACUCCGCCUCCCCCAGCUCCGCAAGCUCCUACCCCUCCUGGUACUCCCCCUCCCCCUGCUCCGGUAGCUCCUACACCUCCUAGAUCUCCACCCAGUCCUCCUGGUUGGAAACGAUUCAAUAUACCAAGGGAUAUUCCACCGGCGGCUUGUAUACCUGUGUGUAUUGCAAUAUGCAUGAAUGUAAGCCCGCCACCCCCAGCCAUGUUUUAAUCAGACUAGAAUAAUGAUGGGAACGAGCAGAGAUCAUCAGUCUUAUUAUUCGACUUCGACAAUGCUAGAUGAUGAUUUGGAAUUUGAUCUUCUAAUUAGCUAUCUAUUAUUACAUGUAGUUUGUUUUCCCUAUAGUUUGUUAGCAACAAUAAUUUGAUCAUGUAAUCG